UUUAAGGUGUUUAAAGCUACUAACCAGACUUUUCUGUCAAAACCUGUGGACCUGUUUACUAAUGCCAGCUGAUCAGCUCAACUGUUGUACCUCUGGUGAUGUCAUCAACUCAAAUGAAGUAGAAUAAGCAGAGGUUUAAAAACUUUGUAUUUGUGAAAUCCAGCUGUGUCUAUGUAACUGUCUAUGUACAUUUGUCUGUAAAAAAAAAAAAUGUCUUUAAAAUCAGAGUUGUUGAAAUUGAUCUUGAACCUAAUGGUAUUUGGGAUUUGUGUGAAUGUACCUAUUUCAAAACUUGAAUUCAAAUAAAAUCAGUCCGCUGUUAUAAAGAGUACAAUACUGGCCGUAUGGUAUGGAGCACCAAAGGAGCCACACUUCACUGAUAAAUACUUCAUGAAAUAGCUACUUUAAUGUGUUGUUAGUUAAAAGCCGGAAAUGAAAGCAAGUGUUUACUAUAUAUGUCAUGAAUCAAAAAUGUACGUAGUAAAAUGUAUAAUUAUAAAAAUAUAAAAUACAAUACAAUAUACAGGGGCGAAGGUCCCUUCAAUUAAAUAAUAAACAAUUAAAUUGUUACUUCAAUGUAGUUAAAACUGUAAGUAAAAACAAACUACUAAAUAUAUGAUCAAUUAAAAACAAAAAGAAUUACAAUGUUUUUAAUUUCCAAAAAUACAAAUUACGCUUUUAUUAGUUAUUACAUAACCCUAAUUAAUUGAUUGCUUCAAGGAAUUGUCAAUUUGUCAAAACAGGAAAUAAAAAUAAAUAACGAAGCUCCAGAAGCUGCUCGGCUCCGGCAGUGAUUGGUGACUCGGUGGGGUAAGAUGGCUGCAUCGCUGCGCGCCGCGCAUUAAAGGCAUCCUGGUGAAAUGACGCAGGCCACAGUUUACGUUCAGUCCUCUCAGCUCUCAGCUUCCCAGUCUCCAUAGCUCCGAUCUCGCUCCGGCACCCAGCCCCGGAAGACCGUUCGAGCGAGCGACCCGGCUGUCUGGCUGUUCCUCCAGUGGACCGAGCCACACCGGUUCCUCUGACCCGUGGGCCGGUUUGUUUGCAAUUCAGAUGGAUCUGGGAAAGAACGUAAACAAGGUCGACCUUGCGUGGUUGGCUGCUGUGCCAGAGUGGGCCCACUCUGUCGGCCUUGCAGCUGUCGAUCGGAAAAAACCACAAACAGAAUCCCUCGUACUGGUGCGAGUGAGAUGAGGAGAAGUUUCAGACAGUGAGGCCAUGGGCUGCACCUCGGCCAAGCAGGUGUCGGCUGUGCCAAACGAUGAGGAGGGACGCGGCAAGGCCUACAGCAACGGAGACCUCUACUCUGAUGAAUACAAGAAGAAGGGAGUGGAGGAGGUGAAGUACAUGAGAGGGGAUGAAAACCGGGUGAACGCACGCAACCAGGAGAACCUGGAGAAGAGUGAUGUGGAGUACAGAGGCAAACUGCAGAAAGAGGCGGCCUCAACGAACAUCAAAUCUAACAUUCACACGUCAGAGAGCCAGCAGGAAUUUUUCAGGAUGCUGGAUGAGAAGAUUGAAAAGAAGCAACUUGGUUCAAAAGGCAGCCGACAUCUCAUCGAUUGGAUGCUUUCAUAAUGAAGAAUUUUAUGUGGCACUAGUGACUUUUAUUAGCAGCAGUCAGACAGGAAAUGAGCAGGGGAGAGAAGGGGGAAGACAUGAAAAGGUCCCAGGGUCGGAACCGAAACCCGGAUGGCUGCACCGUGGACCAUCAGCCUCUGUACAUAGAGGAUACCCCCUGGUACUAGGUGCCGCUCUGUUUUGCUCUUUUUUUUCAGCUGUCAGUCACUUUUACAAAUUUAACUAAACCUGUGUGCAUAAAACCUUUUAUUGUGCAGAAUAAUAGAAAACAAAUAAUUUUUUCUUCCGAAUUAGGAGCACAAAAUGUGUGUGUGUGGAUGUAUGUGUGUGUGUGCGUGUGUGUAUACAGGCAGACUUUGCCCACGUAGACAUUAUGAGUCAACUGUGAGAGGCACUAGCUGGCUUCCUGCCUGGAUGCCCUGCAGGCCGUUUGCCCAAGCUCUCCGCAGCAGUUCCUGGCUCCCUAAUACCCAAUUCAGAAUACCUAUACUGCUCUAAACCCAUCUAACUGCACAACCAGUUUCAUUUUCACCCUGUUUCUCCUGUGAAGAAUUAACUUCCAUCCAUCUACAAUGUGCACCACCAUUAUUCCCUUACAUCAGCACUGCUCUGCACUUUCUCUCUACUUGCUUUCAAAAAUCUCUCCAUGCAGAUGAUCCAUAUUCUAUAUUAAAUUGGCAAAGCAUCACUUUAGAGGGGGUGAGUAAGGUGGGAUAACAUGCAUUUGGAUUCAUGUUGCUCACCCACAACAAGUGACCUACAUAAACUGCAAGCUAAUUGUUGAGUGUACCCCUCUUUAUGAACAAUCAUGCAACUAUCUCAAUGCAGCUACUUAAUGUCAACCUGCCUAUGUGAGGGUUGAGCUGCGGUGGAAGUGACCAACACAACUGAAAAAACUGGCAGUAAAAAGCCAAAGUGCUUGAGUGACGGAUGCUUGUGCGUUUGUGUUUCUCAGCAGUCUGCAAAUUCACGUGAGCUAAGUAAGCAGUCAGUAUCUGGAGUUGUAAUACUAAAAAGACUGUGUCAGGAGCAGGGACCUAUU